AACUACGCGAGCAAGUGUAAUUAAUUUAACCACUUAAAAACACGUUUGCUUAUGUUAAUUUACAGUCUUCAUUCCAUCGCCAACACUAACAGUAUCUGCUGACUAAAGUUUGUCCACGAAAAGAAAAAUGAUGUGCAACACCUUGUUGCUCGUCCUCUUCGCACUUUCCGUGCAAAAUAUUCCUGUUUCGAUGGCGGGAGGUGAAAAGGAUGCACAAAAUGUGGACACCACAAAAGAUCAAGCACAGAAUGCGGAAACCACAAAUGAUCAAGCACAGAAUGCGGAAACCACACAAGAUAAAGCAAAAAGUGUGGAUACCCAAAGUGUGGAUACCCCAAAAGAUAAAGUACAAACUGAGGAAACCCCAAAAGAUCCAACACAAAGUGUGGAAACCCAAAGUGUGGAUACCCCAAAAGAUAAAGCACAAACUGAGGAAACCCCAAAAGAUCCAGCACAAAGUGUGGAAACCCAAAGUGUGGAAACCCAAAGUGUGGAAACCCCAAAAGUUAAAGCACAAACUGAGGAAACCCCAAAAGAUCAAGCACACCAUGUGGAAACCCCAAGCCUUCAAGGUCAACAGUAUAUCAAAGACACGGAUGACAACCUUAAAGAACUAAAACCAGCCCUUAUUGAGAUUUUAAUCUCAAAGUUCAAAAAAGUAGGACGUUUGGAUGAAGAAGAUAUUAAGUACGAAAUCCAAAACUUCUACUAUGGUGCCGGAUGGCGCUAUUUCAAACAUGCAACGGAAAGUUCUCUACAUAAAAGCGUCAUGACGGCCAAAGGCUGGAAGAAUUGCGAUGAAGUGGAGACUGCGAUGGUAGAUGCUACCACCAUCAAGUGGAGUGAUGUGGAAACCCGUUUAAACGGGCACGCUACUCCCAUGAACGAUCUCAAAGGCAUCCUCGAAAAAGUAUCAAGGGAAAAACUUCAGGAGUGUUUCGCCCUUUUGUUUACUGACAGAUUCUGUGGGAAUCUAAGGGAGAAAAAAGAUGAGGUAAAACCUUAAAAAGCUAAAAAGUGUUUUCUGAGUUAAACAAUAAAAAUAUUGAUCAUACC